AAAAUUCAUUGCUUCAAGAAAACUGGAAACUUCUAACGACAACUAAAAAUUUCGUAAUGGCGACAGAUCUCACAUGGUUUACGGUAAGUCUCAACUUCCGGUUGAACAGUUUCUUGUGGAAGAUACCCCUCCAAUGGGACCCCACCCGGAACCGCUUCGUCUUCAAGCCAGGCGGAAUUCGAACCUUCUUCUGGUGGUACUUCGUUAUGUGGAUCGUGGUCGGUGUGAUUUCCAUGGGAUCAGCCGUGUACGUCAUCUAUGGUCAAAUGUACCAACCGAAACCAUACAUUAGCCUGGUUAGCCCGUUGCAGUUUGGAACAUUACUUCCCGUGUGUGGAUUUACUCUGGGAAUGGGGAUCAUAGUGGGAAUGGGUCAAGCGGAAUAUAAUGCAUUAUUUCUCAACAGGAUACUCCAGUUGUAUGACGACAUCUACCAACAAACCGCAAAUAUUGGGUGGAGACAGAAAAAGGGUGAAUUACCUAACCUGUUCCUGCUCGAAGAACUUAUUUUUGUAUAACCUAAACUCAAUUCUUAACAAGGUGGGAGAUCGAGAAUAAAAAACAUAUUUGGAAUUGAGAUGCCUAGUUUGGUUAUGGAGGAUGGCCGGUUGGAUAAGUUUGGACUGACGCUCUUCGUCGCCCUCACACCCCUGCCAUUCGCGGCCACUCUUCCAAGCCUUGUCAUGGCCACGGGAAUUGAAAGACGGGACGUCUACAAAUUUGUUUUAGAAGACAUUCUACCCUUCUCCGUCUCUGUGGAUAGUUUUCCCAUAAUUCUGCUUCGAAUUUUGCUGGUAUACGUUCUAUUUGCCGAGGUGUACAGGAUGAUAGCUUUCUUGAUAGUCGUCAUGGUGAUACCAGCACGUUUGUAUGCAAAAAUUGUGGAGAACCUGAUGGAAUCAGGGUCUGUUGGUUCAGCGGCGGGAACACUCCCUCCACAAAUACGCCGCUUUCACCAAAUUCGAAUCCUCAACCAAGAAAUAGAAAAAAAUCUAGCGACACGGAUUUUCCUCUUGAUGGCCAUUGGACUAGUUAUCUCUACCUGCCUCAACUUUUGUGCAAUUCGGUUCGUCCAUAGUUCCAUGGCUUUGGGGAUAUACAUCAUGUUUCCGUUCGGUGCGUUCGUCGUGUUGAACUUGAUCGUGACUCUGCUAGCCGUGGGAAUCAGGAUACACGAAAAUUCUGUCGAAACCUUGUUUCAGUGGAAGAAGGGGAUUAACUCAUUCACAAGGGAGUCUGCACAGUGGAAAAAAACGCUUGGAGCAAUGCAACCACUGAAAUACUAUGUUGGCUUGAAUGGACACAAUUUCUUCGAUGUCAAGAAAUCCCUUAUGAGCACGUACAUGGUGAUAAUCCUGGAACAAACGAUAGACCUUCUGCUGGCACUUCCUAGUGUGAGGGUGCUCCAGGGUUGAACAUAGUUUUAUUUCAGGUAAUGACGAUAUGAUGGAUGCUUGAAAGAAUUAUUUCUAACAGUUUUCUUAAAAAUUAUACAUAAUUAAAUUCGUCCAAUGCAAUUUUUUUCUUUCAAUGGUAUACGUUUCACGAGAAAUAAAAGUCGGUAGGAGUUACAACACAAAGCUGUUUAUUGGUUGGCGACAAAUGACAAAUGCAAAUACGAAUUGGUAAAAUUUUAGAACUGCGAAAAUUAAAAAGUCAAAAUUAAUUUUGUCUGAAUAUAUUUCUCACUGGUUGAUAGUUAUGGGAAUUUGUGAACAUUCUUUU